AUGUCAGACACAGAGCAGAAGACCCCGAACAAGACCGGUGCCAGUGGCGCUGCUUGGUCAGAUGCCGAGAAGAUCGCCUACCUCAUCGUGCUUUGCGAGAAUGAGGGCAAGGCCGAAGCCAAGAUCGCUAACGCUCCCAUCCCUGUGGGCCGUAGCAUCGUCUCCUGCAAGAAGCUUCUCUGGCGUCUGAAAGAGAAGCACAAGGACGACAUAGAGAAGAUCAAGGCCGGCCAAGCCCUGACGACCGCUCCUGAUGCUUCAGCUAGUGGAGGUGCUGCUGCAUCUGAGAAGCCCAAGACCCCUCGCAAGCGCAAGUCCAAGGUCGACACUGUGGGUGGUGACGCCGAUGAGUCGCCCAAGAAGAAGGCUACUCCGCGCAAGAAGAAGGGUGAAGCUAGCCCCGUCAAGCAGGAGGUCAUUGACGACAAAGACGAUCUAAAGGAUGACAAGUUCGAGGAUGGCGUGGAGGUCUAG